AUUAAGCAGCAUUCCAUUAACCAGAGGAAGAAACAUCGAGCCAUCAAAAUUUCGAAUAUGAAAAUGAUUGUGUGAGUUGGCAAAAAACAAUGAAUCAUCAACUUUUCUCCUCUUUUAUUCUCUACAUAAAAAGAAGAGUGGGAAAAAAGAGUGUGUUUGUAGUAGAAUAAUUUCUUCAAGAGGGAUUAAAGCCUGUGCACACGUGAACAAAGCUGUAGUAGUUUCCCCCACUAUUUAGCACCAAUUCUCCGCACACAUUUCUUCCCAACACUAAAAAUGGCGAUCAGAAACAUCAGAAUUCCGCCAUUUUCGGUGGCUGCGCUGCUUCUGCCACUCAUUCUCCACGUGGCGGCGGCGGCGGAGGAGAAGAAGGAGACCUACAUUGUUCACAUGGCCAAGUCGGAGAUGCCGGCCGAGUUCCUUGACCAUACGCACUGGUACGACGCGUCGCUGAAAUCGGUGUCCGCGUCGGCGGCGAUCCUCUACACCUACACCAACGCGGUCCACGGCUUCUCCACGCGCCUCACCCCCGAGGAAGCCCGGGCCAUGGAGGCCCGACCCGGUAUCCUCUCGGUCCUACCCGAAUUGAGAUACCAACUCCACACAACCCGCACCCCUUCCUUCCUCGGUCUCGACCAGAACGCCGCCAUGUUCCUGGAAUCUGAUUCUGCCAGCGACAUCGUCGUUGGGGUCCUCGACACCGGCGUCUGGCCCGAGAGCCCCAGCUUCGACGACACCGGCUUCGGCUCGGUGCCUAGUUCGUGGAGAGGUGAAUGCGAGAUCGGAACGAAUUUCACCAAAUCCAAUUGCAAUAAGAAAUUGAUCGGAGCGAGGUACUUUGCUAGAGGAUACGAAGCCACUCUCGGACCGAUUGAUGAAUCCAAGGAAUCGAGAUCGCCGCGCGACGACGACGGCCACGGCACGCACACUUCCACCACCGCCGCCGGAUCCGUCGUCUCGGGCGCAAGCUUGUUCGGUUACGCCUCCGGCACGGCGCGCGGGAUGGCGCCGAGGGCUAGGGUUGCGGUUUACAAAGUCUGCUGGAUCGGUGGAUGCUUCAGCUCCGAUAUUCUCGCUGCGCUGGAUAAAGCAAUCGACGACAACGUGAACGUGCUCUCGUUGUCGCUCGGCGGUGGAAUGUCCGAUUUUUACAGGGACAGCGUCGCGGUCGGAGCCUUCGCCGCCAUGGAGAAGGGGAUUUUCGUGUCCUGCUCCGCCGGCAACGCGGGUCCGAGCUCCUACAGCCUGUCCAACGUGGCGCCGUGGAUCACCACGGUCGGCGCCGGGACGCUCGACCGCGACUUCCCGGCCUUCGUCAGCCUCGGGAACGGGAAGAACUUCUCCGGCGUCUCGCUGUUCAAAGGCGGCGCUCUGCCGGGAAAAUUGCUCCCGUUUGUCUACGCCGGAAACGUGAGCAAUGCUACCAACGGUAAUCUAUGCAUGACGGGAUCUCUAAAUCCGGAAACGGUGCGCGGGAAAAUCGUGCUGUGCGACCGCGGCGUGAACCCUCGGGUUCAGAAGGGGUCGGUGGUGAAAGAGGCGGGAGGGCUCGGCAUGGUUUUAGCCAACACCGCCGCCAACGGCGACGAGCUGGUGGCGGACGCGCACCUACUCCCCGCCACCGGCGUCGGCGAGACGACGGGGAACGCGAUUAAGGAAUACUUGUUCUCCGACUCCAAUCCAACGGCGACGGUUCUGUUCGAGGGGACGAAAUUGGGGAUCGAGCCGUCGCCCGUGGUGGCGGCGUUCAGCUCGCGCGGGCCGAAUUCGAUCACGCCGGAGAUUCUGAAGCCGGACCUGAUCGCGCCGGGGGUGAACAUCCUAGCCGGGUGGUCGGGGGCGGUGGGCCCCACGGGCUUAGCCGAGGACGGGCGGCGCGUGGGCUUCAACAUCAUCUCCGGCACGUCGAUGUCGUGCCCGCACGUGAGCGGGCUGGCGGCUCUGCUGAAGGCGGCGCACCCGGAGUGGAGCCCAGCAGCGAUCCGGUCGGCGCUGAUGACGACGGCUUACACGGCCUACAAGAACGGGAAGGUGAUCCAGGACGUGUCCACGGGGAAGCCGGCCACAGCGUACGAUCAAGGCGCCGGACACGUGGACCCCGUAUCCGCCCUUAAUCCCGGGUUGGUCUACGAUCUGGACGCGGAGGAUUACUUGAAUUUCCUGUGCGCCUUGAAUUACACCGCCGCGCAAAUCAACAGCCUCGCCAGGAGGAACUACAGCUGCGUGGCGGGAAAAUCGUACAGCGUGAAUGACCUAAAUUACCCUUCGUUUGCCCUAACCCUCCCGGCGCAGGGGGGAUCCAGUGUGGUCAGGCACACGAGAACGUUGACCAACGUGGGCCCCCCUGGGACGUACAAGGUGUCCGUGACGUCAGACGAUUCGGUGAAGAUCGCGGUGGAUCCGGAGAGUUUGACUUUCGGUCAAAGCAAGGAGAAGAAAUCGUACACCGUGACGUUCAGCGCGGCGGCGAGGCCGUCCAGUGCGAAUGGAUUUGGCCGGAUUGAGUGGUCGGACGGGAAGCGCGUGGUGGGGAGUCCCGUCGCGAUUACUUGGGUGUAAAUUUGGGGGAAAAGGAAAGUAAUUAACUCGCACUAAGCGUGUGGGUUUUUGUUGGCUUAAUUAAAAUUAUGGUAUGUUGUUUAAAAUUAAACCUUGUUUGGGUUUUGAUUAAUAUUUUAGUAUUUUGAAAUGGGGGCAGGGGGCAUGCGAAAUUGGAAAUAUUGGGGAGACGAAGGUGUUUUGAUUUCUUGGUAACUGUACAGUUCUUGGAUGUCACACAAUGCCUUAAUGUAACAUACUAGUAUAUUAUCUCAGAAAUGGACAACCUUGUUUCUUCCAA